GCGAAAAUUGAGACUUGUUGAACUCACUGCAUGACAUGGGCCCCUUUCCUAUGGGUCAGGCAGCAAAUAAUGCACUUCUCAUAACAAAUGUAUGUUGAACUUUUUCCAGGCUAAAGGGAGGAUGCCAGUGCUCACCUAUCACAGUGCAACUAUUUACCGUAAGGAGCUCUUUGUUUUCGGAGGGACUUUCCACAAAAAGGCAUCACUGGAAGUUCAACCCUGCAGCAAUGCACUCUAUGUCUUCAAUCCAGAGCAUGAAAUUUGGUAUCAGCCCAUCUCAGAAGGGGAGAAGCCUCUGCCUAGGCUUGGGCAUUCAGCUACUCUACUGAAGAACAAGCUGCUGAUUUUUGGGGGUCGGAGGACUUCUCUCUAUCUCAGUGACAUGCAUAUCCUGGAUCUGGGUUUCAUGGAGUACACCCCAGCCCCCCUCCUCGCUGGACAGCCUUCUGCACGUUGCUUUCAUGCAGCUCUGGCUGUGUCAGACCAGAAGGUUCUGAUCAGUGGAGGCUGCAAUGCCAAGGGAGCCCUGCAGGAUGCCUUUGUCUUCCGCCUAGAUACUCUUUCAUGGAGCACGGUGAUCGACCACAACCUCUGCUCUGUGCCCCGAGCUGGCCACACAUUGCUUGACCUGACUCCUGCCCACCUGAUGGAUGUGGACAAGGAGAACAGAGAGGCGCAUAACCUGCAUACGGUGUUGGUCUUUGGGGGCUCCAACUGUGCCGGGACCCUUUACAACAGCACAGUCAAGAUCCAGCUGGACCUAGGGUAAUGCAAAAUACUCAGAAUGAGCCUGGAACAGCAAGGGCUCUUCACCAGCCUGAAUAUAGACAUGGAUGGUAAUAAAUGAGUCCAAGCAAUGUGGCAGUCCAAGUAUCUAUGUGUAGAUGAAUGCUACCUUGGCACAAGAGAUCAUGGGUUUGUGAAGUCUUUCUGAAGGCUGUGGGCAUUGCCCUCUUAGAGUAGCUGAUGUACAGCAUCAGACUGGCAAAAAUUCCCUCCCAUAUCCCUGUCUUGAUACCCGGGCUUGGGUGCCAAAACAUUCAGUGGGAUCUGAGCUGAGCCUGCACAGGAACACAGUCCCAGGCUUCGGAGUUUCCCUUCUUGCCCUACAGGUUUCUGGGUUGGAAUUCCCAGGGUGCUUUCAGUUCUGAAGGUGACUCAGGUCUUGGGUUUUAUUUGGGAUAAGUGGAAUGGGAUUUACUCCUGCUGCUUGGAAGGCCCUCACAGUGAAAAAAGUGCAGGCAUGAUUCUGGUUUGGAGGGAAUCUGGGGUGGGAUUCUCUUGGGUAAUAGUCUGCAGCUGAGGAUUACAAAAACACUUAAAGCAGUGUCCGAGGAUGGGAGAAGGAAGAGAAUGCUUCAUUUUCAGCGUAUGGGAGCGAGCUGGUUAUGUCUUGCUGACUAUGGCACAACCACCUAGCUUUGCUCUACACAGAUCUUUAUUAUAAAUUCUGCAAGACUGCUGCUAGACAUAAGGAAGGGGUACAAAUUGGCUGUCCCAGGUAGUAAUCCUCUUGUCAUUGCAAAGGGUGGCAGAGUUGCUGACUGUUGGCUCUUGCAAGACCUGCAGGACCCAACAAAGGUAGGGAUUAACCUGUCUU